UACACGCGGGGAAUGGUUUUGAUGUGAGUGUAUCUGUGCGGGAGUCGAUUAACUUGGCAUGUUUGCUUCUCGAAUGAGGCAAAUCGUUUCAGUUGUAAAUUGACGUUUGAGUUAGUUAGUGUUUUUUGUAACAUUAUAAACACAUUAUUUCGGGGCCAUUCAAGGUGCAUAUAGAAGGCGCUUGUGGUAGCUAUAUGGGAACAAUUUAUCAUAUAUACACCAUUCUGUGCGAUUGAAGUGGGUGCAUAUUGCGCGCGCGCAAUAUUUUCAAAACGACCGAAACAACAACAACAAUUAGGUGAAUUAUAACUUUACCAUUUGGUGGAUUGCUAUAAGCGAUAAUGGCAUCAACAGCAUGAAAAAGGAACAUUUUAUUUCCACCACAUCAGCGAAUGCGGUAGGUGGGGGAUCACCAUUCUCUGCUGUCGUGUGCCGUAUUCGCGCGUAAGGGCGGUCGGGUAGAGCAAUUUAGGGGUAAUUUUUGGGGGAGAAAAUGUGAAAGGAGCUCCCGGUGUGUGGAGAUGAUUUCUCCAUUUGAAAUGGAUAAACUUAAUUUUGGGUAAAAGAAUCUGUGUGUGUGUGAGUAUAUGUGAUUUGGUGGUAAUUAGGCGGACGAAAAGAGAGAAGUGCGGGAGGAAAAAGAGUGUCAGGUUAUUUAUGAUGUGCUAGAGUGAAUAUUGGAUAUUAAUUGGGGAAACGCAUCAGGCAACAGCCGUGCUCGCAGCUCUUUGGCUUUUUGGAUUUUAUCCACACACUCAAUACUUGGUUCAUCAGUACAUUAAAUAUGCUGUAUAUUCCCCAAUCAUAAUGUAAACAUAAUUUAUAAAAUGAAACAUCUGGAGUGAAAUCGUGCUGACUGCUUAAGAGACCACCCUGAGAGUGAUGAAUCUCUGGCAUAGCGUACACAUUUUGAGAUAAAUAUCCCAAAAAUCAAAUUUAAACUAAUUUUAAAACACACAAAAUCAUUCAAUGAUGAACAUUUCUUCUCUACAACAUCCACCCUCUCGCACCUGAUCCUUUUUUCCUCAUAUCCUUUUUCCCGCCUCGUAUAUGCGGUAGUAACGUAUUAAAGGGACACUUUCGCGCUGAUAAAAAGGUACACAGUGGAUGGUCACCCGGGUAAUCGGAGCUAAUAUGCGGGUGGUUGAGAAUGCUAAUAAACAUGGACUUGAGGGAAUGAGGAAAAGCUAUGAGGAGAAUGAAAUUCAGUGGAAGUGAAGCUAUGAAUUUUUAUUUUUAGUUUGUGACAAUUUCUCAAGCAUUGAGUAUCACAAAUCAGAAAAAUUAAAACAGUCUCACUCUUGUGGUGUUUGAUGUCUUCUUCGGGGGAGUUUUAUGAGUGCCGUCGGUAGAUACAUCAUAUGGAUAAUUUGUCACAUCAGCACCCAAAGAGGAGAACAUUAAUUGCGUUGCCCAUUGUGUUAAAUUCAAGUGAGAACGUUAUUUUUUUCUCGUCACAAAAUAUCAAUUAAUUGGAGUGAUUGGUGAUCGGGUAUAAAACACUGUUGAAUACAACUGGCAGCAGUGUCGUCCUCAAUUUUCCUAAUUGAUUGGAUCAAUAGCAGAAUAGGAGCAGCAGCAGUGCACAAAAAAGAGCGAGUCCUGCCCUCGCGAUAUAAUCACAGUGCUCUUUUCUGUGUGCCGACAGGGUGAGAGGACAACGCUGGAAUGGGCGAUGCGUGAUAAUGGAUUUAUAACAAUGGCGCUCAUACAGUUUGCUGUUGACGGCAAUUAAGGAUUCACGCUAUCACAAGAGAAGCAAUAAUGCCUGAGAUCGAGAAAGAGAACAUACUCGAUCCUGAAAGUGGUUCCCAUACUCCAAUCUCCGGAGGUGGGACAUACAUCUCAUCACCAUCGUCUGUUACUCCAGCCACAGACUCGUACACUCCGCGAACUGAUGCCACCAAUUUGGCGGCGGAAAAUUUAAUUGACACAAAUGAGCCAACAGACGGCUACAGUGUCGAUGCACUCUCGGACCGAGGUGUUUUACAAAAGUCCCUUCAAAAACAAAUUGUUGCCCUGGAAUCCUCGCAGAAUUCUCAGGAUUGCAUGGAGGUGAAGGAGUUGACGAGACCCUUCACUGCACCUCUUGAUGUUGUGGAUAAGUAUCAGUUGCGAACAAAUUCCGCACCGCUUGGAUCCUUUGGUGAUAUAUCAAAUACGGAUGAGAAUUUCUCGAGAGAUUGCCCAACGGAUCCUAGUAAAUCUCGGGGGAAUGCUUUGAGUGCACCUGUUGAGAAAAAUUGCAAUAGCUUACAUGAGCCAGAUAGUGUUAGAGUUAGUAGAGACGUAGCGUUAAAUUGUGAUGUGAGAUCCAAGUCGAGUAGCGUGCCUGUAACGCUGGAUACGACACCCCAUGCUUUUACGGUUGAAGAUAGAUUCCCAACGAUGCCAAAUGUGCAUACGUGGCAUCCGCAUGUCUACGCCAAACCACCCAAAGUACCAACGCCUCAUUCCAUUGGAGACAUCCUUGGCUGGAAGAGUCCCAAAAGACCCCGUCCGCAAAUCACAAAGUCACCACCGAUCUAUUCGCAAUUGCCUCAACUCCUCCAUCCAGUCAUCAAAUCCCCAAAUCUCGAUGAUAGUCAAACAUAUCCCGGGCAGAUCGGAACACCCUUCGCGCACUCCUUCAUCUCUCGCAGUGAGUCCAUCAGUGAGAUCAGCGAGGACGAUAGUGGCAUAAGUGAUCAACCACUAAAUCUCAGCUUGAGCAAAUCCCGCGACUCCUCACCAGCCACAAUAAUCGAUGUGAAACACACGCCUAAAACGAAAAGAGAUCCAUCUUCGAAGGUUUGCAAAAGAAAAAAAUCAACAGAAGCAAAUGAUCAUCUUGCCAAUAGUGUUCCAUCUGUUCUUAAUCAUGAUACAAUGAUUAAAGAUUCUGCACCACACAGCAAUUCGGGGCAGGAAGUUGGUGAUGAUUCAUGCGAGGAGUCUUCACAGGAUUCACGAAGGAAAAAGAAAGCCCGCACAACUUUUACUGGAAGGCAAAUUUUCGAACUUGAAAAACAAUUUGAGCUGAAGAAGUAUCUGAGUUCCAGCGAAAGGGCAGAAAUGGCAAAACUGUUAAAUGUGACAGAAACACAAGUAAAAAUCUGGUUCCAGAAUAGACGAACCAAGUGGAAGAAGCAGGACAAUGUGUCAAAUUCGGAAGUGGCUGAGCAUAAGAAUACUCCAGCAAAGUCUGGUGACUCCAGGGUAUCAAACAUCGAUAGCCCACCCCCAAGUUCAACAUCCCCGAGUCCAAUUGCAGCGAAACAUGCUGCAACCCCGAAGGCAGUAACUGUUGCAGCUGAGCUGAAUGCGAAGUUAACAGCAAAGCACAAUAGUUCAAAAGCACGACAGAAUCACCAUAAAUUUGGACUCCCAAAUAAGGAGACGACGAAGGUGCCAUCAAUUGAUCUGGACAUCGUGCCCAGUGAACCCAAGAAGUUGCAUUCGUCAUCGGGACGAAUGGCCAACAUUCUGGCAGAUCACGACGUUGAGGCACGACUUGCAGCAUCAAAGAUCUCAGUAUUCAAAUCUGGUGCUGCUGUUCCGAUUGUUUCGGUCGGCAUGACGCGACUACCGCAGCCACAGAGGCCAUAGAGAGGAUUCUUGAUGAUUUUUGGACUUGAAUUCGGACACUGUCCGAUCACUUUCAGUAUACGAAUUUAAUUUAUUAGCAUAUAGAGACAGUGUAGAUUUUAGAGGACAGUGACUUGAUCCCACGUUCUAUCAAUAUAAAAGAUGAAAAAGAAAAGAAAAGAAAUGACUAUCUGUAAUUAGAAGGCAUAUUAAGAACAAGAAACUAUAAUUAUAAUUUUAAUGUAAAGAGUGCAAUGCAACGAAGUUUAACCGAGAAAAAAAUUAACCUAAUUAACUAAUGGCCAAAAUUUUCAAAAAGCGAUGAAUUUGAAAAAAGAACAAUGUUGAUAUUUUGAGAAUUUAGUUGGAUAAAAAAUGAAGAAUCAUUGCAAACGUAGCUAUAUGGAAAAAUACGUUUUACUCCUUCUAAAAAGAAAAUUAUGUUUUUCUUCUGUGUAGAAAAUUAAGGGGAUAUCACAAAUUUAUCGAAAUUUAAGGAAAAUGAAUUAUUUUUCUAUCAAAAAAAAAAAAAAAUGUCGCGGGAAAGAUUGGAACGAAGGCAAUUAGUAACGAGAAGUGAGUGUGUAAAAUAGGUAAUAAGAAUCUCAAAAACCUGAAUUAUUAAAGAAGAAAAAAAGCUGAAAUCCUAUAGUCAAACAUCCUGUGAACUUAUUUGCCAUAAUAAAGUUUCUCUUAAAAUUUUAAUUCACAGCUGGUAAAAAAAAUCUUGAAAGUAAAAAAAAGAAGUAUAAAUGUUAAGUUAAAAUUAGAAUGAGAUCAUAAAGAAAAUUUUACUGGAGAAGCUCUCUUAGUACUUACAAUUGAAACACAUGUGCACGUGUAAUUGGAAAAAGUUGUGCCAAAUUUUCAGGAGAUGAGCAAAAAUGAAUUUAACCAUAAAAUGAAGAAAAAAAAUAAAAUUUCAUCUCUAUAAA